GUUGGCACACACAUUCUGAGUUCUGAGACGUUCGCUGAAUCUCCUUCUUUUCCGGUACGCUUUGUUGGGUGACCGUGUCUUAUUUAGUUUUAGCUGUAAUUAUAUCUUUCUCCAUCUUCCACAAUGAGGAUUUACAAGGAUCUUUUCACCGGAGAUGAAAUGUUCUCCGACACUUAUAAAAUGAAGCUAGUGGAUGAUGUGCUGUAUGAAGUAUAUGGCAAAUUGAUCUCUCGUAAAUCAGGUGAAGUUAAUAUUGCCGGUUUUAAUCCCUCUGCGGAGGAGGCCGAUGAAGGCACCGAUGAGAUGGUAGAGUCUGGUGUUGAUAUUGUGUUGAAUCACCGACUUCAAGAAACAUUUGCCUUUGGAGAUAAAAAAUCUUACACCUUGUAUCUCAAGGAUUACAUGAAGAAGCUAGUAGCAAGGCUAGAAGAGGAAUCACCUGAUCAAGUAGAAGUUUUUAAAACCAAUAUGAACAAAGUUAUGAAAGAUAUUUUAGGUCGUUUCAAGGAGUUGCAAUUUUUCACCGGUGUUUCAAUGGACAUUGACGGCAUCGUGGGCCUCAUGGAGUACCGUGAGAUCGACGGCGAGUCUGUGCCUGUACUCAUGUUCUUCAAGCAUGGUCUUGAAGAAGAAAAGUUCUAAGUAAUUCUUAGAUAUUUAAUAAAAUGUGGACAAAUUUUAUAAACUGGAAUCAAGACUGCACACAUGCUAAAAAGCUGUGAAAUUUAGUUAAAAAUAUAAGACAGUUUAAUACUUCCAAUCUUGGUUUACAGUGCAAUUAAUUAAACACUACAUGAAUAAAAUCUUCGAUAUAUAAUGACAAUUCCUUAAUAAAUAGUUGUAAAUACUCUGUAACAAGAAAAGAGAUGACAACACCAGGAAUCUUCGUAAAAAUGUUUCCCAGAAGGUGUUACAUUUGUCCAAUUUAUAUUAGAUGAUUUAAUUUAUAUAAAAAAAUAUAUAUAUAUGGAAGAUGGGGAAAGAACUUGCAGCGAUAGACUUACAUCACUGAUGUAAUGUUUACAAUUAUUGUGUUAAUGUCAGUAAUGAUUAACAAUUUCUGAAACAUAUUCGACACAUAAAUGUCCAUCAUAAAUAAAAAAUUUUUCCAUAA